AUGGUGGACAAGUUAUGUGAAAAAUUCAAAUUCAAGCAAUAUAAGUCAUCCAUGUACAACGCAGCUGUGAAUGGACUAGCAGAAGCAUUCAACAAAACAUUGUGUAAUCUUUUAAAGAAAAUUGUCUCCAAGUCAAAGAGGGAUUGGCAAGAAAGGAUUGGUGAGGCAUUAUGGGCUUAUCGGAUGACUCAUCGCACCCCUACAAGGGUUACACCAUAUUCGCUUGUUUACGGUGUGGAGCCUGUCCUUCCUCUCGAAAGAAAAAUUCUGUCACUAAGAAUGACAGUACAAGAGGGACUGACUACCGAAGAUAAUGUGAAGUUACGUCUUCAAGAAUUAGAAGCACUUGACGAAAAGCGAUUAGAGGCUCAGCAAACAUUGGAAUGUUAUCAAGCGAGAAUGUCCAAAGCUUUUGAUAAACACGUUAAACUCGCUCCUUUCAAGUCGGUGAUCUAG